GAGCAUCAGAUGCAGGAAAAGUGAAGGAACGGGAGGCAGUUGCAUGGGCGCAUGCGCCGCUGUCUCUUCUCAUCGUUUAAGGGUUGAGAUGCGACAAGUUGCUUACGUCUCUCUCUCUCUCCAUCUCUCUCUCUCUCUCUCUCUCUCUCUCUCUCUCUCUCUCUCUCUCUCUCUCUCUGCGGGUGGGGUGUACGCAGUCUUUCUGAGAGCGCGCGCACACACACACACAUACGCACGCAGUCACACACGCGUUAGCUGCGUGCGCGUGAAAAAAAAAAAUCGUGUUCCAGUGACGCCAGGCCGCGCGCGUGCUCAGUAUCUCUUGAACACCGCUGUCUAAAUCUAAUACGAGUAAACUUACUUCAUUAUUAGUGACCGCAUCUGUCGGAUCGUCUCGCGUAUAACCCUCGUUUAUUUAUUUCACUCCAGCUGUCUGUCUCCUUCUAUCUCUCAGUCUUCCUUUUUUCCCGAGAGCGACGUUUCUUCGAAAGGGACCAUGACAAGUACUUUGAACAAAUAAGAGAACUUGCACAAUCCCAGAACCAGCAAGUCAUCCUUUAGCAUAAACAAGAAAGAAGAAAAAGUCGAGAAAAGCAAGGGGAAAGAAACAAGUGCAAGGGGGAGAAGAGAAGUGCGCGAGGACAGUCGAUGGACGCUGCCCGGACCAAGGGGACAGCAGAUUCUCAUCUAGCAGGGAAAAGAAAGAUUUCAAAAUUGAGUCGAAGGAUAGAAACCUGCCGUCAGGCAUGGUGUGUGAGAAGGGGAUACAGAUCCUUCUCACCAUCGUUGGGGCAUUCGCCUCCUUUGGCCUGAUGACGGUGGCAAUCGGGACAGAUUACUGGCUCUACUCUCGUGCUCUGAUCUGCAACAGCACAGCAAAUGUGACGCAGGAUGACCCACACAACAAGGACAAGAAAGACCCUGGAGCUCUCACACACUCAGGCCUUUGGAGGAUCUGCUGCCUUGAGGGUGUGAAACGAGGGGUGUGCUCUCAGAUCAACCACUUCCCAGAAGACGCCGACUUUGACCACGAUGGAGCAGAGUACGUCUUACGAGUGGUUCGGGCUUCAAACAUCUUCCCUAUUCUUAGCGCAAUCUUAUUGCUGAUGGGAGGAGUGUGCAUUGCCGCCAGUCGUUUCUACAAAAGCAAGAGGAACAUCAUACUCGGAGCUGGCAUUCUGUUUGUAGCUGCAGGUUUGAGCAACAUCAUCGGUGUGAUAGUGUACAUCUCAGCAGCACUAGGUGACAUCUCUCCAAAGAAGGAUGAGGAUAAAAAAUGGCAAUAUUCAUACGGCUGGUCCUUCUAUUUUGGAGGCCUUUCGUUCAUCCUGGCUGAGAUGGUGGGGGUGCUGGCUGUAAACAUAUACAUAGAAAAGAACAAGGAGCUGCGCUGCCGUUCACGCACCGACAUCUUCAAGAGCACAACGCACGCUGUGCUGCGUCUGCCUAGUUACCGCUUCCGCCGCCGCUCCUCUCGCUCCAGCUCACGCUCUACUGAACCAUCAAGAGGCUCGCGGGACCCCUCGCCUGCUGCUGCUGGCCCACCAGGAAGCAAAAGCUUUGGCAUGCCCCCCUCAGCACUGCUGUCACAAGGGCCUGUGUCUGUUUCCACACUGCCUAAUCCACAUUCACACUCCCGCUCACACUCAGCCCUACCUGGAGGUGACAUCUCGCUCUACACCCUGUCGCGAGACCCCAAACUCGGCGCACUGGGGGCUCUGGGUGCACCUCCAAUGUAUGGCACAGUGGAUCGUGCCACACUCUACCAGUUGCACAACUGCUUUCCAAAAGAGAGCGCCGGAGGAGGAGCAACCAUGAUGAUGAGCGGCACACUGCCCUCUCUCAAGUCCCACAAUCCAACAGGAGUGCCGAACGCGUCCAGUGGAAACUCUGCACCCUCCUCACAACCCCCGCCUUUCUCCUCCUCUACAGUGGAGAGGGAAAGAGGGAUGGGCACGCUUGAUAGGCUGACCAAGCCUGAGAGCAAUUCUAACACGCUGAACAGGAAAACCACACCAGUGUAGAGGAGCCUAGAAACAGAACAGAAGAGAGUGUGAGUCCUGUAGAGCGGAAGCUGAACGAAGGCUGUGUUGAAGAUAAGAAAAGCAAAAAGGCAGAGAAAUUAUAUAUUCCUUCUGUCUGAAAUGAUGUUCUGUUUUUCAGUUAAUGGAAAAUGAGUUUCAGACAAAAAUUCAACCAGUGACAAUUCAUAAUAACAACUACAACAUCCAUUUAGUUUUAUAACAUUUUUUAAAAUGUGAACUAUGAUCAUUGGAUACUGUACUGUGAAGUUUACCUUUUUUUUUUUUUUUGAUAGAAAUUGAAGCGAGUGGUUGUCCAAGUGCAUUCCUAGAGGGUUUGUUGUCGUUGUUAUUAUGAGAGAAAAAAAAAAUCAGUGGCGACUAGCUUUGUGAUGUUGGAAAUGAUUUUUAAGACAUCAACUGUGAUUCUGAUACAGUGGAUACUGCAGAAGCAUGAGUGUCUAUAUUAUGUGUGAGAAAGAAAACAUUAUUAUUAUUAUUAUUAUUAUUAUUAUUAUUAUUAUUAUUAUUAUUAUUACUUCAACUAGCCUAAAAACGACUUUGUAGGAAGCAUCUAAUUUAUUUUUAGAAUUGAUUUCUUUUUUAACCUUUGAUAACAUGAUAUGAAGUGUUCUGAAUAUUGUCUUCCAGUUCUAUCAACAAAAGAAAAUAGUCAUUGAUGGACUGAAAAAACUGCUGAUCGAGUGUUGAAAUGAUGAUUUUUUUUUUUGUUUUGUUUUGUUUAGUUUUUUUGUUCAAAAGGAAUUGACCAUCCUUGCAUUAUUUUUGUUAUGAUUAGUAGCUGUGAAGGUAGCAGUAAUCUUUAUUUCGGGGCAUUACCAGAUUACCAGAUUCCUCACUGGUAUGUAUAUCUCUCACAUAGAGGGAUACACACACACACACACACACACACACACACACACACACACACACACACACACACACACACACACACACACACACACAAACA